AUGACAGCCAACACUCAACGCCCUACAGAACAUGACGACGAACACCAGAAUAAGCAGCAAGCAGCGUACUCCCCGAAUGAGUCUUCGGAAAGCAGCAAGAAUCACGACGCGGACGAAAUGGAUGAGUCCGCAAAAAACCUCACCGACAAGAAGGGUAAGGGUAAAAGGAAAUACAACUUCCAGAGGGCUUCUGUUGCGUGUGAGCAAUGCAGAAAAGCCAAGACGCGUUGCAAUUAUAUCAAUAACGGAUCGAACUGCUUCAGAUGCGAAAACCUAUCACUGAAAUGUAGCCUAAAUGAAAUAAAGCUGGAGCCGACUUUGUCCACGUUCCAAAAAUCUGCAAAUUUGAAAACCAGAGAUGAGGCGGAGGAAAGCAGGAGCCUAAAAAGACAGCGAAAAGCGAAGUUAACAGCUGCAGGAGCAGCAACGGCCAGCCCGAAGAUAAAACAAGAAAAUAUACCCGCAUCCACAUCAACAAUUGACCUGGCUUCGUUGAAGUCAAAGUACAUAGACACCUCUCCGGUAAUCUCCUCCACCUCCUCGCAGACCAACUCCUCGUCACAUAACUCGAUGCUACUAGUUAUAAAUGACAAGAUUGACAGGCUGGCCUCCACCUUGAAAAACUUGAUGGAUCAAAAGGAAACAUUGUCUUCUAUCAGGAAAACGGGGCCUUCGGGCACCGUUCCAAAUUUACAGCACCCUACGCUUGACACAAGUGUUAACCCCUAUAUUAACUCGCUGCCGUCGAUUAAUCAUCAAUCUCCUGUUCAAAUUGGAGACUCUAUAGCGAGCCCUGGUAUUCCGCCAUUCUUGUACCCCCCAAGAGUCAACUUCCCCUUUGUGGGGCCCCCUGCUCCUGCUGGGAACUUUGCUCCCAACAAUAAUGUCUCUCCAAUUUUGCGGCCUGCAAUCACUGCACCCCUUGCACGUCCUUACUUUCGCAACAUCAAUAUCAUGAACCCGACCCAUUAUCCUCCUGUUGUGACGAACAAUAGUAACAAUUCAGCAAUUGCAGCAGGGCUCAACAUGAACAUCAACAAUAUUACCCAUGACAACAACAGCAUUAACAACAACAACGCUAACAAUAACAGCUUGAUGGCUCCAAAUAGUGCUACCACCAGCCACGCUAGUACUGUCACCAAUAUGGUUCACGAAAAUGAUGAGUUUUUCUUUUUGAAUGCUCCUUAUUUAGACAUGUCGAACAUUGCAUGUAAUUUGGGUUUACCUUUUACGAAGGAAAUAGGAUUUGACAUCACUAGGGAUGUUUCCUUAUUAUCUAUCCAAGAAAGAUAUGACUUGAUCAAUCGUAAACUACUGGACUACGAAACGUGUUAUAGGUUAAUUGAGGCUGGAUUAUUCCAUUAUGGCAAAUGGAUCACAUAUGUGGAAGCCGACUAUAAGGUCUGGUUAGACUCUAUAAGACUCACAUCUCCUCUACUUUUUUGCGUGUUGAUUCUGUUUGGGCUACGUCAUCAAAGACCACCAAAUCUGGAUAAAAACUUGGAGCUUGAUGUUUUGCAAAGCAUCCACCAAUUACUUUCCCUGAGCGUCUACGAAGUUCCGCAAUCUAAAGAAUUUAUUCAAGCCUCGAUUUUGCUUGCACAUUUCUCACCUUCCUUGUCCUAUAAACACAUUUAUUUUGACAGUUGGUGGGUCUCAUCAUACGGAUUGAUCCACUUCAUGACGCGUGAAAUGAACAUGAACCUAUUAGUCAAAAGUGUCAAAUCACCCGAGAAAAUUCACCAAUAUCGAUUGUGGAAUCAUUUGACAGUAGCACAUUUGGUCAACUGCAUUUUGUCCGGUCGUCCCUGCAUCAUCGAUGAAAUACGUUUAGAUCAGUGUCGGGAUAUUCUAGUUUUGUCCGAAGCAAACUCAUUUGAUGCAAUCGUUGUUGCAAAGAUUAGCAUGAUAUUGACCUUGUACAAUUCUUUACAAUUUCCAGAGAAUGUCGAUGUUUCUCUGAAAGAACUGGAAUCCACGUAUUCUGAUUGGAAAUAUCUAACUGACAAUGUCGCACUCGGUAGUGUGGUUACAGGUUUCUACCACUUUGGAAGAGCAAUGAUUUUGCGUAGGUACUUGUUGAAAAACUUGUAUCUAAAAGGUCAGCCCAAAUAUACGCAGAGAAGUCGAGAAUUUUUCGAUAACGUUCUCGAAUUAAUUGAACUUGGAAAAGCAAAAGAAGAGCUUCUGGAUACUAGUGAUCUUUUCAAGCAAGCCUUCUUUUUGUGUGUUUUCAUGUUGUUGCAAUUCAAACAGCUCGAUCUUUUCAAAGAGCCCAAUGAUAAUUUUAUUAUUGCGGAAGCAUCUAACAAAUACCUAGAAAUACUCUCAUUGGCAGAAAAAAAAUCAUAUUGUUUCAAUGGCUAUUUCAACCACUAUGCGGACUUGAUUUUAAGGCUAAAAAAUUUGGUUCUUCCGACUCUAUCCUAA